AAUGACACAUAGUUAUGGUUUGAAAAAAGGUACAAGAAGCAAAUUUGCUAAACCAUUCAGAGGACAUGGAAACAUUAGCAUUCGUAAAACACUCUAAACAUUCAAAAGAGGUAUAUUUACUAUCAUGAAUUCUUAGGUGAUUUUGUUGAUAUUUUGGUUGAUGGUGCAUAACAUAAGGGUGUCCCUUUCUAAUAUUAUCAUGGACGUACUGCUAGAGUUUUCAAUGUCAAUCCAAGAGGAAUAGGUGUCUCAUUAUAAAGAAGAGUCAGAGGUAGAUAUGUAGAAAAGAGAUUCCAUGUCAGAGCUGAUCAUUUGAGACCAUCUAAAUGCAGAGAAGAAUUUGUUAAGAGAGUUUAAGAAAAUGAUAAAAAGAAAACAGAAGCCAAUAAAUAAAAAAAACAUAUUUCAACCAAAAGAUAACCAGUCCUUCCAAGAAAUGCUGAAGUCGUCAAACCAACAGCUACAGUCUUUUAACAUCCAAAAGCAUUUGUAGAAAUUAUUUGAA